AUGGCGGCGGAGACUGCGCAUGUUCAAGGGCCAGAGACUGUGAAUAUAAACGACCUACAAAACGCCUUACAGACCCUAAAUAUUGCAUUUCACGAACAAGAUGCUGAAUUUCACAAUGCCUUGGCAAAUGAAUUAGGUGUUCAUGAAGGAUUACCAAACAAUCAAGAUGAAAAGGUAAAAAUUCUGUGCCAUAAACUGAAAAAGAAAGCGGUGAAAAAUAUUGAAUGCCCACUUUUGGAAAUCAAGCAUUUCGCAUCCCCAUUGGGUAUGGACGUGACGGAGUAUAGUCGUCAGAAGGUGCAAGAGCUUUUCGAAAACCAGUACAAAUAUAGAUGGAUACCAAUUCCAAAUGAAGUUGCUCCUGCUCCUGCCGCUGCUGCUGUUGCUGUUGCUCCUGCCGCUGUUGCUCCCGCCGCUGCUGCUGCUCCUGCCGUUGUUGCUCCUAUUGCUGCUGCUCCUGCUGCCUUCCAUUUCUACCGAUUUUGUAAAUUACGCGACACGUAUCGGACGUACAAUAUCAGAAAAGCACACGUGAUUACAAGGCUUUGGCGUGCACAAAAAGAGUUACAAAAAAUCCGUAAUCUGACUUAUCAAGAACUUUGCCCCCCUAUUUAUGCCCGCUCAAUGCGCGGCAACAGCUGGGCGCAAUGGACAUUCGACGGGCACAAUGGGUGGAGAAGAAGAAAUGGGCCGAAUAUUAAUAUAAAUUGGAUAACCAAUGAAGUUUUGAGAAAAUAUAUACAUGGCAAUUCAAAAAAAAAGAAUUUUAACAACUUGCCGACUGGGGACAAACAACUUUACUGGGCAGUUGUUGAGGAAGACGACCAUGCAGAAGACGGCAAUAAUCUUCCCUUCCGAACACAAGUAUAUGUCGGGAGAGCAGCGAAUGGCAUCCAAGAAAGAUGGACGGGAAGCCAACAGUCAUCACAUUGUAUGAAAAUGAAGUUCGCGAGCGAUGUUAUGUGCCCAAUGGUGAAUUAUAAUCCGACUGCCUUACGACCACUACAGUUGGUGGAUCUUCGAUUGUUGCUUCACAAAGCUCGUCAUCAGAAUGGUGAAAAUACCAGCGGAUUAUUCAUUAUGGGAGAGUAUAGUAAGUGUAAAAAUAUGAAUAAGGCAGAAACACGCCACAUAAACGGGAAAAUACCUGAUGCGCCAAUGAUUCUGGAAAACUGGAAACCAAAAGACAUGAACUAUGGAAUGAAUUAUGAUCAUUUAAUCUGAGCGAUCAUAACUGCACUCCUUGCAGUCAAGAUACUUUACCUGGAACGGUGAUGAUUACGCAGCAAUAUACUCAUGUAAAUACUGCAUUGAAAUAUUAGAAAACAAAUCUUUCGUUCCCAAUUUAGUUGCACAUAAUUUUACACAUGGGCAAAGGAAAGUUGCUCCUUUUCAUGAUGCAGGUAUACAAUUAUCAAAGAACAAAAGAAUCCGAGAAAAUUUCAAAAUUAUACUAUCUGCUCCAUCUUUUAUAGUAUCGAGUGCUCUAGAACAUAUCGCGACCAAAUCUUCAGGCAUG